AUGUCGGGGACUAUGCUGCACGCUUCACCCUCCUCUUCCACCCUAGACCUCUCGCAGUUCGGCACGAGCAUGGGUGGUAAUGCAGGCGAGGCGUCGACGACGACGACGACGACGUACUUUGGCGGCAUGAGCAGCCACGAUUCCUUGGCCGCCUCUUCGAACCCCGGCGCUAGACACGGCAGCAUGAGCCAUCAGAUCCAUCCCAUGCCAUCUGCAGCUUUCGAUUACGUAUCGCCCAAUGCAGUUGCUGGCCCAAGCGGCAGCAACAUGCACACGUCAGGCUGCGGCGGCGGCGGCGGCGGCUUGAACGUAACGCACGCUCUGCCUGCGCGGCACCAUUCCAUGCCCAUCGGCAGCAUUCGCGCUGGAACAGCACCCAAUUCGCCGGCCACGUUUGGUCCAAGCGCGGCAUCGAGCGCGGCAUCGAGCGCAGCAGCAACGUCGGGGGUCAGCGGCAAUGGCACCUAUCUGUCUGCCAAUUCGCCCCAUCGAAUGGGCGUCGGCAGUCCGGCCAACUCUUCAGAGACGGGCAGCAGCGGCAUGAGCGGCAGUCCGCAGCAGAUCAAGCAGGAAAUCAUGUCCAUGGGGCCUCCUGCUCCUCCCCGCGGCGGCGGCAUGCCGACAUUCGUCGCGCGCAGCGAUAGCAUGGCGUCGCUCGCAGGAGAGACUUCCUUUGACUUGCCAUCGCCCUCCUCUACACCUGGCAGAGCAGCAAGCAACGCAGCGACAGCUGGCGGCAUGCUGCACCCUGCCGACUCGCACUUGGCGGCUCUGGCAGCAGGCGCGGGCGUGGGCGGGGAUGCAGCCGACGGCUUCAUGAGCAGCGCAGACAUGGCCCACUUUAUGUCGACGGGGGAUGGUGACAACAACAGCAACAGCAACAACAAUGCUGCUGCCGCCGUCGACGCCGAUCCAAACAGACCCAGCACCAAGUUUGUGCACAAAUUGUACCGCAUGGUGUGCGAUCCCGACUAUCAGCACCUCAUUUGUUGGAACACAAACGGGACGAGCGUGGUGGUGACGCACUUUGACGAGUUUGCCAAAGAGGUGCUUGGCAAGCAUUUCAAGCAUUCCAACUUUUCCAGCUUCAUUCGGCAGCUCAACAUGUACGGCUUUUACAAGGUCAACAAGACCCCCCGUGGACACCGAAACGCAGUGGAUACGCAGGUCUGGGAAUUCUCGCACCCCAAAUUCCUUCGAAAUCGACCCGACUUGCUGGAUGAUAUUCGACGAAAAGCGCUAGACUCGGAGCACGCUCGCGUCGAGGCGAGAGAUUUGCAGUACAGCGUUUCGGUCGGGCAAAUGCACCUCCGAGCUCAGGUGGACGAGAUGCACUUUCGAUUGGACGAGUGCUUGGAGACCAACAUGAGCCUUCGAGGGGCGCUCGUUAGCAUGAGGGAGGUGCUGGGUGGCGUGCUAGAUUGGAUCAAGGUGCAAAAUGGCGGCCAAUUGCCGUACGAGCUGAGAAUGAUUCGAGCGGACAUUCCCAUCCCCAGUCCCAUGGCACCCACCUGGCAGGAAUCGCCGUGGAUGAGCGGACCGCCUAGCGCCGCUGCCGCUGCUGCUGCCGCUGCUGCUCAUCCGCAUCACGAUGGCCCGCCCAUCUUUGUCACCGAACCGCCUCAUGGUGGCGUCAUGGCAGGUCCGCCUCAACACUCGCCCAAUCCCAACAUGCAUGCUGGGGAAAGCUACGACGCAUUCUCGAUGGGAGGUCUAUCGCAAGUCAGCCCGUUGGGCAGCAGACGCGUGAGCGCAGAGCAGCCAGAGCUCAUGUCGCAGCCAGAGCUCAUGUCGCAGCAGCAGCAUCCUCAAAUGUCCUUUGAUGUCAAGGGCGGCCGAUCGAUGCCCAAUCGGCAAGGCUCGUUUGGCGACGGAGCACCGCGAGGCGGACCAAACUACCCCACUGCUAGGCCGAUCGCGGGCAAAUCGCCUGUUCCCAAUGGUUUGGCCAUCGAUACGACGAGCGCCAUGUCUAGCCAUCACUCGCCAGCCAUGCAGCAGCAUCUCGCCGGCCAGCAGCAGCAUCAGCAGCAGCAGCAGCAGCAGCAGCAGCAGCAAGGCAAUCCAGGCUUGGGCGUCGGCAUGAUGAGCGUUCCACCCUCGCCCAUCUCUCCGCAAGUGGCUCAGAUGAUGACGGCGAUGAACACCCCUUUGCCGCCUUCGCCCGCUGUCGCGAGCGCUGGCAACCACGCUUGGUUGGAUCCCUCUGCUGCAGCCAUGUCCAGCGGGGUCAAUGCGGGCUUUGUGCAGGGUCAGAGCAAUCCGUUUGACAUGCGGCACGCACACGCGCACGCGCACGUGCACGCGCACGCUCCCCAGAGCAAUGCUGCCGCUGCCGCUGCCGGUAUGAUGCAUUCGCCCACGUCGCCAUUCUUGGCGGGCACGCCUUUUGGACAGGGAGCCAUGUCGGACCCGUUCUUGGGCGCGCAAGCUGGUCCGACCAACAACGACGACGAUAUGCUCAAGCCAAAUGUCGCCAAGAGCAGCAGGACGACGUUGAAGAGGACGGCUAGCUCGAGCAGCUCGCGCAAGGCUGCUGCUGGUGGUGGUGGCGGUGGUGGUGGUGGUGCUAGCAACGACGAUCUGGAGCCUCCUAGUCCUGGAGGGCAAAAGAGAAAGUCGCCAGUGUAG